AUGCCUCCUGAAACAUUGCCUAGAGAGGGCAACCAGCGAUCACCCGACGGCCGUCUGAGCUCGUUUGGAUUCAGCGGGACCAUUGCACAUGGGGCCUUUGUGUCCCUGGCAUUGGGAUUGCCCCUAAAUAAACGGAUCUCUCGAAGCGCAUACAAAGAACGUGGACGGAUUCUGAUCAUUUGCGAGUGCCUACAAGCGGCCAGGGUCGACCUCUUCGAUCACCACUUCACCUUGUAUUUUUCCAUGGUAUGGACGCAUACGGACUCCGAAAAGACUGGAUGGCAUCUAUGGCGCACGCGACCUGAACUUCACCUCUACCAAGGGGUUGCAGGCGAUGUGGCAUCCCUUCACUUGGUCGGCGAUGCCGACACCGUUGACAUUCAGCACAUGGUUGGUCGGACUGCGGGGUGCUUUGGAUCCAGCUCUGGCGUUCGUGCAUUUCACGGAGGGCACAAACUUCCUAGCCUCGGUCCUUUUCUAGUCAAUGCAUUGACAUCAUUGCGCCCCGGCGCGCUUGGUGUGUCUCGCCAGAAAAUCAAUAAUGCUGUUGGUUUUGUCAAACGAUCUUGUCAAUGUGUCGUUCUCGACUUGAUUCACUCAAGCAGCCUGGGAGAACUGUCUUUGCCUCCUGUAGCUACCCCAGUGAUCCUGGUGGCGGACAAACCGUCUCAUGUAACAGCUAAAGCCGCCGUUCAGGACAUUUCCAUUGUGGCUACCACCCAUGUCAGAGUCAUGUACACCAGUGCCAAUUCUUUGCAAGCUGAUAGCCUAGAAGCGUCUCAAAUGGGCCUCGUUGGCGAGAUCAAGCAGAAGAAUCAGCAUCAGGCAUCGCAACUACCAAAUGAGGAUGGGCUCCUGCUAUCAGCUGCAAAUGUGAACCAUGUGUUGAGUAGUGCCGCGGUAUCCAUGUUCGGGGGUAUCAGACUACUAUCCUCACGCGGUGACGUCCUCACCCUCGCAUGGAAUAACACUUGCACAGCAUAG